CCCAAACAAAGGCUGCCGCUUAACGCCGCCGGGGCUGCCCCCACCUAAACAAAUGGCGGACUUGGAAGAAGCAGUCAUAGAGAAAGGAACGGAAGUUAUUAAUUUCCUGCGCGAGGAAUGUCGAAUCCCCGACGAGCAAUGUGAACAACUCGAGGCCCUUAUCACCAACACGGAAGACGCGAAAGGAUGGUCCCCCGACGGUAGAGAAUUAAUGGAGCGCGUCGAGGACGUGGCCAAGUGCCAGCCCUACAUGCCCCACGAUAAGUACGCGGAGAUGUUGGUAAUAGGCUGGAGCGCGGCUUUGGACCUCAUGAAGCACCAGCGGAAGAUGGCCUUCAAGAAGGUCAGGACGUUGCAGGAGGACGCGAAGUGCCCCGCCGAGCUCAUGGACGCGGCCUAUCGCACGCGAGAUGAACUGGAUCUAGGCUGCGCCAAGGCGAACAUUCGAUUUUGUGAAGCGCGGUUCCUGGUGGAGGUGCUCCAGGAGAACCCCAUGCCGCCCAUCGAAGAAUUGAGGAAGAAGGUCGACGAGGACUGGGCCGCGGGCACGAUCGGGCCGCCCAACACCGACGGCUUCGACGACGAGGGGCGGCACGUGGCGGAGGGUGCGGAGCGGUGCGUGAAUCAAAGCGUGGCGGCGCGACGCCAGCUCGGCGGCGUGGCGGUGGGGUCUCUCACAGACACCCGACUCACUGGUCGAUUUCCACACAGGUGAGGAGGGCGCGAAGGACGAGUCCAAGGGCGAGUCCAAGGACGAGUCCAAGGAGGGCGCCGAGUAAUACUUUCCUAGGACUUAAGCGAGAGAGAGAGCGAGCGGGCGGACGUUUCUUUUUUUUUUCGUAGCGACUGGCGUG